AUGAUCAUAGCUCGUAAUCAUAAAUAUGGCCGACAAACAUAUGAGGAAGGUGAUGAUGAUGAUGAUGAUUCAUAUGCUUACGGAGCUGGUAGUUCUGGAGCUAACUAUGGAGGAUAUACUUAUGAUGAAGCUGAUGAUAGUGAUGAUGACGAUGAUGAUUACUCUUCAGAAGAUGAUGAUGAUGAUGACGACGAUGACGACGACGACAACGACGAUGAAGAUGAAGAAGGUGACAAAGACAAAGCAAAAAUUAAAAAAUAA